GACGACGUGGCUACGGAAUUAAGCGAGCCUGUCAACCAUGUUCUCGUGCUGGGGCGUUGAGCAGGCAAAGCCAAAGAAAUUGUAAAAAACACAUGCGAGCAUUGUGGGAGGGUUUGCAGAGAUCAAAGGGGAAAGCUCCACUUUCAUGAUCUGUGGAAAGAUAAAUAGACCUGAAAUCUCAAAACGGCCGUUCGUGAGCCUUGAUCUGCCUUUUCUGCGGUUUCCAACGAACCUUAAAUUGCCCAGAUUGGUGCUAUAUACGCGCUGUUCCGAUGCCUCGGGGUUUGCUUUUUAUGGAAGUAGCAUGUUCGAGGCGCCGGGCGGGGAACGAGUAGAAGAAACGAUUUCAUUAAAGGAAAUCUAGUGCGCAUCUCUUGCUUUUGAAGCCUGCAAAAUUAUAUAAUUUGUGAAUGCGGUUUGGGAAAUCAGGCUCGAAUAGAGAUGUAUGGAGCUCCUACUCCCCGGAUUCCUGACCCGGCGGAGCCGUAUAGUAUGGACCAGGCUACAGGCCGACAGCGAGUUUAUCAAGCCUGGAAAGGAAGUAAUAUAUUUUUACUUGGUGGAAGGUUAAUAUUUGGACCAGAUGUGAGGUCACUCUUUUUAACAAUGUUUCUUAUCCUUGCUCCAGUAGCAAUAUUCUGUGUAUUUGUUGCAAGAAAACUUCUGGAUAAAUUUUCAGAUCCUGCAGGAGUAUCCAUAAUGGUUAUUACAGUUGUGUUCACAUUAUAUAUUCUAACUUUACUUAUUCUCACAUCUGGAAGAGAUCCUGGAAUUCUCCCUCGAAAUGCACACCCUCCUGAACCUGAAGAAGGUUAUGAUUUUUCAAGUACAACCCCUGAGGUAGGAGGUGGGCAGACACCACAUUUACGACUGCCUCGCACAAAGGAUGUUGUGGUCAAUGGAAUUACAGUGAAAACAAAGUAUUGUGAUACCUGUAUGUUGUAUAGGCCUCCACGCUGUUCCCACUGCUCAAUAUGCAACAAUUGUGUGGAGCGCUUUGAUCAUCAUUGCCCAUGGGUAGGGCAGUGCAUUGGACUGCGCAACUACCGCUUCUUCUUAAUGUUUGUCUUCUCAACUACACUGUUGUGCAUUUAUGUAUUCUCCUUUUGUUGGGUAUAUGUCAAGAAAAUCAUGGCAGCAGAUGAUGUUUCAGUGUGGAAAGCCUUGUCAGACACACCUGCAUCAAUUGUGCUUAUAGUCUAUACAUUCAUUGCAAUGUGGUUUGUUGGGGGACUUACGGUGUUUCAUCUUUAUCUGAUUGGUACAAAUCAGACCACAUACGAGAAUUUCAGGUACCGAUAUGAUAGAAGAGCAAAUCCUUACAACAAAGGAGUAAUACAAAAUUUCAGAGAAAUAUUCUUUAAAAGCAUUCCACCAUCAAAAAACCAAUUUCGAGCUAUGGUACAUCAUGAAUCUGCACUACAUAAUAUUUCCUCCUCUGCUGUAAGGGACAAUUUUCUUCGUCCUAAUAUGGGAAAAGGAGGUGCUGACCUCGAAAUAGGUGGGAAGCCACCAUGGCCAACUGUUACUCCUGAAUCAUUGGCAGACUUGGAAGGGGGUCGUGAUGGCAAUGUUGGUUUAGAAAACAAAGAUGGCUACGAAGACACUUUUGCUCAUGCUUUAGGCCGUACACUACCUGUUGAAACAGCAGAAGGAAGAAGUGGAAUACAUCCAAGGCGCUCAAGCUGGGGCCGCAAAAGUGGGAGCUGGGAAAUAACGCCUGACAUUAUUGCCUUGGCUGCUGGAGUUGGUGAAUCAAAUCGAAUUAGUGGAGAUAUCACUCCUCCAGGGAACCGAUAAGAGCAUAUCUUUAUGAAACACAACUUUUGCAAUGUUGCCCUGAUAACAAAUGUCAUAUCUUCAGAUGAUGGACAACAGUAACAGUUCAAGGAACAAUUUUCAAGAUUGCACAAGGCAUAUAUAUUUUAAGAUAUAAAUUUAAAAAAUUGGCAAUACCAGAAGCAGGCAGAUGUUGCCUGCAUAUUGUAAGCAUGAUCGUGUUAUUUGAUUGAGGUGUUUGUUUUAUGCAUGUUGAGGUAUAAAAUUAAACUGCUGCAUGUGUAACUCCUUGCAUUUCCUUGCUUUGCAUAAUUUUUGAUGAAAGAGAUGUGUACCUUUCUGUACUAAUUCUUGGACUGUUGAGAUAUGAAAAAAGGGCUGAAAUUCAAUUUA